GAGCAAAUCGAAAACGCCGUUAGAAUAUGUUACCCAGAAUGCAUUUCGCGAGCGAGCGACUACAGUAGUCCUCAGUAGCGAAGAGAUUAAAGUAUUUCGUGCUCUCGUCGGUAUCGCGUCUAUUAACACGCAUUUCUCCGCUCGAAUCGUGUGUGUCGCGAGUGUCAGUGCCACGAACGAGUGAGUACCCGGGAUGCUACGACGAGCAGUCUGGAACAUGAUGCUGGAUAGAGAAGCCAGAACGCGGAGGGGCAGUAUUACUGUGUAUAUAUUUCGAGGAUCCGGCAUCAAGGUGCCGAUGGCCAUCCUGAAUUGCCUCUACGCCCGCCAAUUGUGCUUCGAGGACCCGUCGUGCAGCGCAAUUUUGGAGAUUAUACCGAGGGUCUGCGGUCCGGAAUUAGUGGCCUGCUCGACGGUGACGGUGACUAAGUGUCAGGCAGCCCUGCGCACGCUGCAGGCUUUCACUUUCUUCCGACCGACGUGCCUCUGCAGGGAGCCGCAUGUCGAUCCGGACUGCAACAGCUUCCAGAACUUCCUGUUUGACCACCCCUGCGUCUACGUCCUCAACAAAAAAGACAAGGAUCAGUUCUCGAUAGACGCGUUGCCGACCUGCAAUCACGCGCUCAGCGUUUGCGGACGCGACAAGGUCUGCACCCAGAUGUACAAGGAGUUCAAGAACAACUGCAAGAUUCAAGAGGGCAAGUGCAACAUGGAGAGUCGGGACGCCUGCCACGAAUCCUGGACGCAGCUGCGACUGUCGCCGAUGUUCGGCUGUAUAUGCCCGAACAAUAGUAACAGACGGCGAUGCGACAAGAUCUUCACGACGGUGAACCACAAUCCCUGCGUUGAGUUCCUGCCCUCCUCCACCUCCGUAGACCUGUCGGGCACGGACUCGGCCCUGUACCCGUUCGACCCGCAGCAGGAGAACUACCAGGAGAUCUGGUUGCCGCCGACCAUGAAGGUCAUCGCCCAUCCCGACAACUCCACCAGCUUCGAGGUGAUCGAAUCGCAGUUGGAGAAUCCGCUGAUAGACGCCGAUCAUCAGGAUCUGAUUGCCAUAAAGCAGCUCCCCAUCCCGGGCGGCCAUCAUCAUCGCAGUCAUCACAAGAGGAAUCACACGGACGAUCACGAACAGACGAGCGCGGCGCCGCCGCCCUCCAUGUCGGAUAUCGACAGGCUCCAGCAGCCGGUCAAGCUGAUCCUGCCCAGCACAUGUCAUCAUGCUUACACGUCCUGCAAAAGCGAUCCGGAAUGCAAGAGCCUGCUGCAGCCGAUCCUGAACCACUGCGACUCGGCGACGUGCGCGAGGAACGAGUGUAUGGAAGCGUUGCAGCACUUCUACAGGACCGCCCCUCACAAGCAUGCCGUGGAGAUCGCGUUUUGCCUCUGCAGGAAAACGGAUGGCAAAAAGGACGAGUGUAUAGUGGCGCAGGAGAAAAUGCAUCCGGCGUGCGCGCAGCGCGUCGACGGCGCCGAAAUGCCGACGUGUCACAGCCUGGCCGAGACCUGCAAAGAGAACAAGGACUGCAGGCAGAGGCUGGAAUCCUACGAGCAGAGCUGCGCGGUCGACAGCGUGACGAAGAAGUGCGCCGGGCAGACCUCGGAAUGCAGGAAAGCGAUGCUGGGCAUCCUCGGCACCGAGCUUCGCACCAAUUGCGCCUGCAAGGGCACCGAGCUCACCCAGCUUUACGACUGUCUGGGCUGGCAGCGGCUCCUCUGGGUGAAUCCCUGCGUGGUGGAGUCGCAGAAGGACUAUCACGCGCGCCGGAAGCACCAUCAUCCGCGCACGACGACGACGACGACAACGACAACGGCCGUCGCGUCGGCGACGAGGUCACCGGCGAGCACGACGGCGACCACCGUGGUCGAACAAGUGGAAGAUAAUCAAAUACCGGAAGUGACGAGGUGGCCGACCACCGAACCCACGGAAACUUGGGAAAUCACGACCACCACUAUAAGCACCACUCCGAGCACCACCACGACCACCACUAUGCCGCCACGCUUCUGCGUGGUUCAAAAGCCGAGGCAGAGUCACCAAUACAUAAGAGAGGGCAAGGCCAAAAGGCUCUAUCGUGAGGACGAGCCUGAGUGUUCAGAGCUCUGCCAAUGCGAAGAGCCGUUAACGCUCAUCUGUCACACCAUCUGCGUCGAUUUGUCGCCGUGCAAGACGGACUUCGCCUUCUACAACCACGAGGCGCCGGCCUAUCAAGCGCAUCGUGGUCCUUGCCUCUGCUACAGCGGCGGCUUUAUAUGCAUGCGGCCUGCGCCCGAUACAUACAAUAUACCGCACGGAGUCUUCAUGUUCCUGGGCUACAGCGAGAAGGACGAGAUCUUACUGAAGCAGCACAACAACCUGACCGUGAUGGACGCGGUGUCGUCUCUCGACAAUUUCAUGAAACAGGAAGUCAAUAAUCAGACAGUAUGCACGCUCUUCCUGUACAACGCGACUCGAGAAAACGUUAUUGCAGUGGCGCGACUCGGGAGCGACAAUCCACCUUUAAACAGCAGCCAGGCGCAGAGUCUGCAGCACCUGCUGCGCGUCAAGGAGGAGUGCGCGUCGAUGAUGCAGGACCUCAGCGACAAGAUCAACAACAAACAUCACGAGGUUCACACGCACCCGUUGCUCUCGAUCUUCAAGAUGGCCGAGGUCGAGGUGAAGAUGCCGUACAGCAACGAGGCGGCGAUCAGCAGGUCGCCGUCCGGACUCCUCGUCGUUCUGCUCGCGAUCGGGCUGCUCGGCUCGAGUUGCCUCUUCGGCUCGUGACAGGGGCAUCGGCACGCCGACACCGAGAGCGUCGUGGAACGAGCGUCGUCUCCCCCGCGGAGAAUCGCCACGUGUCGCGUGCACGUGGUCACGGCGGGCCCCGCAACGCGGGGGGCCGCAUGGACGAGCGAGGACUCGUGGCCUUGAAGGGCACAGAUCAACGAAGAGAAGGACUCCUCCGACCCGCAUCCCCCGCCUUCUCCUCGACCGCCGCGCGGACCGACGGAUCGCGGGCGGAUCGAUCG